GUCUUGUAGCGCCGCAUAAACGAUGGGACGCGGUCGACCGAGAAAGGAGGCGCCGGCGGAAGGUGAUGGCCCGGCUGCCAAAAUGCAGCGAACCAAGAGGCUCGAAAUUCCGCUCACAACACUGCCGAAGCUUUCGGGCAAUGUGUUAGCGUGCGGGCAGGGCGAGAUGGGUCAGCUAGGCAUGGGAGAGGACGUGAUGGAGAAGACGCGGCCCGCCCUCGUCGAAGGCUUGUCGGAUGUGGUACAAAUUUCGGCCGGUGGUAUGCACAAUCUGUGUCUCACGCGGCACGGCACAGUGUAUUCGUUCGGUUGCAACGAUGAAGGUGCGCUUGGCCGGGACACCUCCCAAGAAGGGUCCGAGUUUGAGCCCAAGUUGAUCGAGCUGCCUGGACUGUGCGUUAAAAUUUCGGCCGGCGAUUCGCAUUCCGCCUGUCUGCUGAACGAUGGGCGCGUGUAUGCCUGGGGCUCAUUCCGGGAUUCGCACGGAAACAUGGGCCUUACGCUCGAAGGCAACAAACGGUUACCAAUCGAAGUAUUGCCCGGUAAUCGGUGGGUUGACAUCGCAUCCGGCUGUGAUCAUCUCGUGCUGCUGUCCGACAUCGGCCACAUCUACACGGUGGGUUGCGCAGAACAAGGGCAACUUGGUCGCGUAUCAAUCCGGGCAGCAUCGGGAGAAUCUCGUCGCGGCAAAACACAGCUACUUCAGCCGGGUAUAGUAACGCGGCGUGGCAAAAUAAUUGUGGCCGAUGCGAUCUGGGCCACUACGUACUGCACCUUUUACAAGGACCAUCAAACGGGGCGAAUAUUUGCGUUCGGACUAAACAACUACUGUCAGCUCGGCAUACCGAACCCGAGCGAGAACGUCGUAAAGCCCGUAUUCGUACCGGAACCGACGAGUUUCGACGAGGUGUUACAGAUUGCGGGCGGACAACAUCACACACUGGUAUUAAGGACGGACCACAAGGUGUAUGCGAUCGGGCGUAAAGAGUACGGCCGGCUGGGACUUGGGGACGACGUAAAGGACGAUGCGAAAACGCUUCAACCGGUGGCAGUGCUCGGCGAUCGGAAGGUGGUCAGUGUGUGCUGCGGCGAAAGUACCUCGUUCGCCGUCACGGACAAGGGUGAGCUGUACGCGUGGGGUAUGGGUUCCAGUUUGCAACUGGGGACGGGAUUGGAGACGGAUGAAUCCAAACCGGUACUGAUCACCAGCAAACAGGUGGCAGGUAAAGUGAUCCUGCGUGCAUCCAGUGGUGGACAGCACAGCUUAUUCCUUGUGCAGGAAACGCCGACCGUAACGGAAAAGGCACCAACGAAGGUGGCAGCUACCAAGAAGGCCAAAACAGAAUCCGCAAGUACAACGGAGGUGGCUGCAAAUGGUCUGGCGAAACAUUCCGAAACCACAAACGGUGAUGGUGAUGGCGAUGAAACGGCCACGGUGACGACGACGACGACGACGAAGAGUAGUACCGACGACAGUGAACCAACAACGAAUGGUGGCGUAGAAACGGACGUCCCGGGUGGUACUACGACUGCUGGAAAGGAAAAACCGGCCCCUGCUAAAGCAACAGCGAGCGGUGGUGGUAGGAAACGGAAAAUUCAAUGA